GUAUUUUACCCGUAACAAUGUUUACUGAAGGAGCUGCCAUGCGAUCGCUUCCAAUGACGCUGCAGCCUCCGUUGUUGAAGCUGCGUUUCAUAAACUCGCCGCCACCAAAUAUAUUCAAGGGUUCAAGGAUUGAGGCCGAGGACGGUUCUCCAAUAACAAUCGAGCUUGUCGAGACCGCCACAAACACUCGAGUCACCUUGGACUCGCGGCUCGAGAUCGUACCACUGGACGGGGAUUUCGCCAGAGAAAGCUGGACCAUCGAGGAAUUCAACCGGAAUAUACUCCGGUCACGGGAAGGGAGACGACCGUUGCUCGUCGGAGAUCUGACCGUGACGCUUAAGGAUGGGGUCGGAGUGAUCGGCGGUGAUGUCACUUUCACAGAUAAUUCGAGCUGGAAGAGGAGCAGGAAGUUCCGAUUAGGUGCAAAAGCGACCGAAGGAGGAGUUGUGGAGGCGAUAAGUGAAGCGUUUGCGUGCAGAGAUCAUCGAGAAGAAUCUUAUCGAAAACACAACGUUCCAUAUCCUGAUUCUGAGGUCUGGAGGCUAGAAUAUAUCCCCAAAGACGGCCUUACAGAUUUGUGUUUGCGGCAAGCUGGGAUCCAUACCGUCAAGGACCUUCGUCGUCAUCUCACGAUAAAUUCAAACGCCUUACCUCGAGAAUUAGAAAGAAGGAUCUCAAAGAAGAGGUGGAAUGUGAUUGUAUCCCACUCAAUGCGUUGCGUUUUGGACGAGUCAGAGUGUUACGUCUACAACACGAAAGCUCAUGGAGCCUCUAUUCUCUUCAAUUCUGUUUAUGAGGUCAUGAAAGUUUCGUUUGAUGGCAUCACUUUUUUAAACACCACUGAGCUUACUUCCACACAAGAGGCACUUCUUGACAAUCUGAAGCGUGAAGCUUAUGAAAAUACAAAUAGUUUCGUCGCCGUGAAUGGUGCGGACUUUGUCAGUUUUCCACCAGGGUCCUCAAAGAAUCUGCAAGAUGCUGAACAAAGCAUUGGCUUCCAAGGGUCUCAGAGCAUGUUUGUAGAUAGAGCAGUUUCUGAUACAAGUGAGGUGUUUGGGCCUCUAAGAACAUGUGCUACAUUUUCUGCCUCUGAAGAUUAUGAUGUUGUAAUCAGAUACGGAAGAGGGGACGAAAUCAACGAUGAUUUCAUUAGCCAUCUUCGAGCUGCCCUUUGCCGGAGAGGGAUUUCUGUCUUUAACGAAUUUGAUGAAAUGGAUGCAGUUCCAAAAUGUAGGGUUUUUAUCAUAUUGUUAACAAGCACAUAUGUCCCGUCAAACCUCUUAAACAUUCUUGAACACCAACAAACAGAGUAUCAAGCGGUUUAUCCAAUCUUUUACAGACUAUCACCAUAUGAUUUAAUCAGUAACAGCAAGAAUUAUGAAAGAUAUUUUCUCCAAGACGAACCAGAAAGGUGGCAGGCUGCUUUGAAGGAAAUAUCUCAGAUGCCUGGAUACACGUUGACAGAUAGGUCCGAAUCUGAACUUAUAGAUGAGAUUGUAAGAGAUGCUUUGAAGGUGCUAUGUUCUGGUAAUAAGGUGAACAUGAUUGGGAUGGAUAUACAAGUAGAGGAGAUUUUGUCACUGCUAUGCGUUAAGUCCCUAGAUGUUCGCAGCAUAGGUAUAUGGGGUACGGUUGGUAUAGGAAAAACAACCAUUGCUGAAGAGAUCUUUCGCAGAAUCUCUGUCCAGUAUGAGACUUGUGUCUUCCUUAAGAACCUUCACAAAGAGGUUGAGGUAAAAGGUCACGAUGCUGUGAGAGAGGAUUUUUUGUCUAAAGUUUUAGAGGUAGAACCUCAUGUUAUUCGGAUUUCUGACAUUAAAACAAGUUUCUUGAGGAGUCGGCUUCAGCAUAAAAGGAUCCUCGUUAUUCUCGAUGAUGUGAAUGAUUACAGAGAUGUUGACACCUUUUUGGGGAAGCUUAACUAUUUUGGUCCAGGAAGCAGAAUAAUCAUGACCUCUAGAAAUAGGCGUGUUUUCGUACUAUGUAAAAUCGAUCAUGUCUAUGAGGUUAAGCCAUUAGAUAUUCCUAAGUCUCUACUACUUCUUGAUCGUGGGACAUGUCAAAUUGUUUUGUCACCUGAGGUUUCCAAGACAUUGUCACUUGAGCUGGUCAAAUUUUCAAAUGGAAAUCCCCAGGUUCUUCAGUUCUUGAGCAGCAUUGAUAGAGAAUGGCAUAGUUUAUCAGAAGAAGUUAAGACAAAAUCUCCCAUUUACAUUCGAGGUAUAUUUGAAAGGAGCUGUUGUGGGCUUGAUGACAACGAGAGGUGUAUAUUUUUGGACAUUGCAUGUUUCUUUAAUAGGAUGGAUAAAGACAAUGUUGCAAUGUUGCUGGAUGGUUGUGGUUUCUCCGCACAUGUCGGAUUUAGAGGCCUUGUUGACAAAUCACUGUUAACAAUAUCACAACACAACUUGGUGGACAUGCUCAGUUUUAUCCAGGCAACUGGUCGAGAAAUUGUUCGCCAAGAAUCAGCUGACAGACCAGGAGACCGCAGCAGGUUGUGGAAUGCCGAAGAUAUCAGGGAUGUAUUCAUAAAUGACACUGGCACAUCAGCUAUUGAGGGCAUUUUCCUAGACAUGUUGAAUCUUAAAUUUGAUGCAAAUCCCAAUGUGUUCGAGAAAAUGUGUAACCUUAGACUGUUGAAAUUGUACUGCUCCAAAGUGGAAGAGAAGCAUGGAGUAUAUUUUCCUCAAGGUCUUGAAUAUUUGCCAAGCAAGCUAAGGCUUCUCCAUUGGGAAUAUUAUCCCUUAAACUCCUUGCCGAAAAGUUUUAAUCCAGAGAACCUUGUGGAGCUUAACUUGUCAAGUAGCUGCGCAAAGCAACUGUGGAAAGGAAAAAAGACUCUGGAAAAGCUUAGAAAGAUGAGACUCAGCUACUCUGACCAGUUAACUAAAAUCCCAAGACUUUCAAGUGCAACAAAUCUUGAGCAUAUUGAUCUUGAAGGUUGCAACAGUUUGUUGAGCCUUAGCCAGUCCAUCUCUUAUCUCAAAAAGCUUGUUUUUCUAAAUUUAAAGGGCUGCUCGAAGCUGGAGAGUAUUCCAACUACUGUUGAUUUAAAAUCUCUUGAGGUUCUGAAUCUUUCUGGCUGCUCAAAGCUAGAGAAUUUCCCGGAGAUCUCACCAAAUGUGAAAGAACUGUACAUGGGUGGGACUAUGAUACAAGAAAUCCCGUCUUCGAUUAAGAAUCUGGUAUUGCUUGAAAAGCUGGACCUGGAAAACAGCAGACACCUUAAGAAUCUUCCAACCAGCAUCUGCAAGUUGAAGCAUCUUGAAACUCUGAAUCUGUCAGGCUGCACAAGCCUGGAGCAGUUUCCGGACUUGUCGAGAAGGAUGAAAAAAUUAAGGUUUCUGGAUUUAAGCAGGACAGCCGUUAGAGAGCUACCCUCCUCCAUUUCGUAUCUUACUGCUCUUGAAGAACUGAGAUUUGUAGACUGCAAGAACCUCGUAAGAUUGCCUGAUAACGCGUGGACCCUAAGGUUCAAGGUUGAAUUUCGCCAAAUUGACACAGAGAAGUUUUCAAGACUAUGGAAUAGAUUUGGAUGGCUCAAAAAAGUUCAGAUCUCUUAGUUUCUACACCUACGAGUGAUUUAAAUGUCUAUAAUGUAAAGUGAGAGGAUUUGCGGGACGUGCUCAGGCGUGAAAUGUGAGAAGCACCACAAGUUGAAUUAGCCAAAUUCUUUUUCUAUAUGGGAAUGCAGAGGCAUUCGUUAAUUAGAUAUUUGGAAUGAUACUCUUCUAAAUCUUAUUCUGUUAUUUGUGUUAUUGGGAUUACGUGAGGGAUGAUUUGAGCUUAGUUAGGAGGAAUUUCAUGUAAUUAUUUUUUUAUAACAAGUAUUCGUGUUCUUACAUAUACUGAACAAAAAGAGGAAUUCUUG